CGCGCCCGCGGCCGGCAGCGCUCUCUGCGCCUCAGCCGGGCUGCGCCGGGUGCUGGCGGUGCGCUCUCCCGCCGCGGGGCUGCACAAUGGCAGUCGUUCAGUAGGAUGGAUCCUGCCGUGGCUUUUGUUCUGCAGAUCCACCCAUCCUCCUAGCAGUCAAGUACCAGGCUAUGGUUUUCUCUCUGGGGAUCCUUCUUCCGCGUUUUGCCGGUGUCUCCGAUGAGGUUUUGGCCUCGGCUGGGAUUUCACUACCUUACUUUUCGUUUGGCUUCACGCUGAAAAAAGGGAUUUCUUGUAUUUGCUCUCCACGCUUUUGGUUAUAAUCCGGUGUUGGUCUAGGGAGAACAACCGUUCAGCCUGGCUGAAAAAAAAGCAUCCGUUGAAAAGUCUCAAAGAAAUAUACCACGUGAGGAAAAAAAACUGGGAGAAGAUCGGAAUAUAAUCGCUUUUUCUAUGAUAAAACUGGUGCCCCUCUUCAGGAGAACUGAUCUCAAUAUAUUAUUAUGCAACCACAAGGAUCUCUUCUUUCUCAGGGUGUAUAAGCUGCUGGAUUGCUUUUCGCCCAAAUCAAUGUGGUUUCUUUGGAACAUUUUCAGCAAAGGAUCGCAUAUGCUGCAGUGUCUUUGUGGCAAGAGUCUUAAGAAAAACAAGAACCCAACUGAUCCCCAGCUCAAGGGUAUAGUGACCAGGUUAUAUUGCAGGCAAGGCUACUACUUGCAAAUGCACCCCGAUGGAAGUCUCGAUGGAACCAAGGAUGACAGCAGUAAUUCUACUUUAUUCAACCUUAUACCAGUGGGGCUUCGAGUUGUCGCUAUCCAGGGUGUAAAGACUGGGUUGUAUAUAGCCCUAAAUGGAGAAGGUUUCCUCUACACAUCAGAACUUUUUACACCAGAGUGCAAAUUCAAGGAGUCUGUUUUUGAAAAUUAUUAUGUAAUCUACUCAUCCAUGCUCUACAGACAACAGGAGUCCGGGAGGGCCUGGUUCUUGGGGCUGAACAAAGAAGGGCAGGUCAUGAAAGGAAACAGAGUGAAGAAAACAAAACCAGCAGCUCAUUUUCUACCCAAGCCAUUGGAAGUUGCCAUGUAUCGGGAACCAUCUUUGCAUGAUAUUGGAGAAACGGUGCCAAAGGCUGGGGUAACUCCAAGUAAAAGCACAAGUGCAUCUGCAAUAAUGAAUGGCGGCAAACCAGUGAACAAGAGCAAGACGACAUAGCCAGAUCCUCACAGGUGUUGUGACUUUACUGAGUCCCAAGUACAGUUGAGCAAUUUAUCCUUGCCAGACUUCCCCUUGGCAGUGUCUGUGGAUCAGCUUGUGGCAAGUCAUCAGCUUGCCCGUCGCUGUUUCUGAACUGAGUUGUUGCAAGUGGAUAAAUCUCAACAUGUAGCUCCACCACAACGAGAAGACACCUGGAUGAACCAGCUAAACUCAGACCAUGGAAUGCCCUACCAGAUAUUGGAAUGCCUUUUUAAUAUCUUUUCUGUGACUGUGACACUUCAUGUGAAUGACAUACUUCACAAGUACACUUGAUACCUUGCCUGCUGACAAUUGCCCAUAAUCCCUUUUUGAGUCCAGUUUCAGCAAAAUCCAUGUGUUUAAGUUCUAUUUUGUAGCACACAAAUAAUCAAGUAAUUUCUAGUUAGAUGCUGUAAACCUGUGCUAAUAUGGAUUUCUCUCCUUCCCUUUUUUAUAAGGCUGCUCGCUCCACUGUUUGUGACCUUUUGCAGGGAUUGUGUUUCUCUAUAACUUAAGUGUUGCCGGUGGCUUAGUUUUGAA